GGAUCAGUUGGCAGGGUUUGCUGCUCAACUGAGGAAACUCACUGGAGUUUCUUUCCACCACCUCCCUUAGCAGGAGGAGGGGUCCAGCUACUUAUACCUUUGCCAAGUGCCUUCUCUGGAUGCGCAGCCUGGUGCCCACAGAUUGAAUUGGAAAUGCCCUCUGAGACCAUAGUUGUGGCUCCUCCUGCCAAGAAUGUGGUGAUCUUUCGAAACGGAGACCCCUUCUUUAAUGGCAGGAAGUUUGUGAUCAGCCAGCGCCGCUUCCUGACCUUUGAGGCCUUUUUGAACGACGUGACCAGCCGGAUCCAAGCCCCUGUAGCCAUCCGGAGCAUUUAUACACCCAGGCAGGGCCAUCGAAUCACUGAACUGGCAGAACUGCACAACGGGUGCCAGUAUGUCGCGGCGGGCUUUGAGCGGUUCAAAAAGCUGGCCUAUCUAAAUCCUGGAAUGAAGCAGCUCAGUGAGAAUCAGAAGAAGGAUCGUGCACAGAGCUAUCCAGUCAUUUCCCGGAGGGCAAAUGUUUUGGAGAGAUAUAGGGGACCGGUGAAUGUGCCCUGCGUUAUACAUGUUUUUCGUAAUGGGGACUUGCUCACCCCACCGUUCCGGUUGACCAUCUCCAAGAGCAGCCUGCAGCAUUGGCAUACCGUCCUAGACCUGCUGUCAGAGAGGGCAAACCUGCGAAGCGGAGCUGUCCAGAAGCUGUGCCAGCUGAAUGGAAAUGCCGUUUCCUGCGGCAAUGAACUGGUGAGCGGGAGCUACUACGUGGCAGUGGGGCUGGAGAAGUACAAGAACCUGCCUUAUGUGGAACUGCUGGUGCCCCAGAAGAUCAUCCAUCGGUCCUUUCGGAACCAUCCCAAUAACAGAAGGAACGGCAAUCGACAAGACUUCCAGCUGCAUCUUCGAAGGGUGCGGUCUACAGGAGUUAUGGAGAAGGACAGCGGCCCAGGCUCUUCUCCGGCACCACACGAAAAAGCCAGGAAACAUUUACACAGUGAAGAAGAGAAGCAGGAGAGCAUCAUUUACACAAAGCCAGUUCGUGUUGGGCAGAUCAGCUGGAAUUCUCGCCAGUGGUCAGACCAAGAAGGAAGUGUUUACAAACUGAAAGGAGCAAGGAAAGAAAUGCAGGGAGCUCAGGAAGUCAGGGAGGAUGAAGACACACAAGUCGAAUUCCCGAUUGACCAGAAAGUUGCAGAGAUGGUAGAAGAGGAAGUGAUGCCUCAGACUACAAUGCGGCAACCCAAUAAGGUAAUUAAUCUUUUUAGUAUGGUGCAUCGGCAGAAUGUUUUAACAGAAAUAAUGAACGCUCCGUUUUGGACAUUUAUGUGUUUAGCAGACAGCACCACUUAUUCUAGAAUCCUGUAAUCACUUAUGCUGAAACCACCUUCUCCUGCUCCUCCUCUCUUCUUAGCCCCCUCCAGUAGUUAACACCACAAACUCUCCAAACUAUUAUUUAAAAAUGUUUGUUGUCAACUCACAAUAAUCCUCGUGUUUCUUUCCAAAAUGUUUCUAUGCAACAGAAAGAGAAAGUGGAGAAGGCCCGUUGGAUUCAGCACACUGCUGGUGACUUGAUGGAUGAAAUUCCAUGACAGCCUGACUUCCACCCGGUUCAGGGGAACUCUAUCAAAUAUGAGAAGUGACCUCAGUGGAAUGGAGACCCAACAGGCUUUCUUCUCCUGGAUGGGAUGUUUUAAAGCUUCUGCCUUAUGGAUUUGUGCUUGUUUUGUCUAGAUUUUCUAAAAUAAAUUGGUAAAACCAAAA